AGACAGGACAGCUGCCACGACCUGCGAAGCCAGAUACCAGGAAAGAAGAUGUUUAAAAUGGGGGGUCUCGUUGUCUUCUGCGGACUGCUGGCCCAGGCCGCAGCCCUGCUGAAUGCCCUGCCCGCACCGCUGGGUGACACUCUGACUCCGGCCCUGGUCCCAAAUCCCACAGAUCUUGCUGGAAGCUUGGCAAAUGGUCUCAGCAGUGGCCUGCUCUCUGAGGGUCUGUUAGACAUUCUCAAAAAUCUCCCACUCUUGGACAUCGUGAAGAGUAAAGGAGACACUUCCGGUGGUCUGCUUGGGGGCCUGCUUGGUGGACUGAGUCCAGUGACCUCUCUCCUGAACAACAUCGUUGAUUUGAAGAUCACAGAUCCCCAGGUGCUGGAACUUGGCCUUGUGCAGAGCCCUGACGGCCAUCGUCUCUAUGUCACCAUCCCUCUGGGCCUGACUGUCAAUGUGAAUACGCCCCUCACCGGAAGUCUAUUAAAGCUGGCUGUGAAGCUCAACAUCACUGCAGAGCUCUUAACUGUGAAAGAUGGACAAGGGGAGACCCACCUGGUCCUUGGCGACUGUACUCACUCCCCUGGCAGCCUGAAAAUCUCCCUGCUCAAUGGAAUUGCUCCCCUCCCUGUUCAAGGCCUUCUUGACAGUCUCACUGGGAUCUUGAAUGAUGUGCUUCCUAACCUGGUGCAGGGCAAGGUGUGUCCUCUGGUCAAUAAGGUUCUCAGCCUGCUGGACAUCACCCUGGUGCACAAUAUUAUUGAGGCGCUGAUCCAAGGGCAGGAACUUAUCAUCAAGGUCUAAGCCUUCCAGGAAGCACCCCGCCUCCACUGGCCUGAACCAUUCCCUGCUGCUCAAUCUACUUGCUGUCCAGCUCCUGAGGGCUUCCAAAAGGCUGGCCCAUGUCCUGAACAACAAAGCCACUACUUGGAAACCAAAGCAGCCCUCUGGCCAAGGAAACUGCUCCCCUUCCUUUCCCACCAGGCAUGGGUUACAUUCCAUGGUUCUCAUGAA